AUGGAAAAAAACAUUGGAUGGGAUAAGUUAUAUCAAUCAUGUGAAAAUUCCAUUAUCUCCUCAUCAGUCACGUCUGAAAUCUCUUAUUCGUUUACUUUUAAUCUUAAGAAAUGUAAUGAACGUGAAUAG